CACACACACACACCUACCUCAGAGAAACUCAUCUCCUGACCAUCUUUGGUUGAAGUAUCAGUUAAAUCCUGAACGUUUGAAAUACAGUGUUGAACUUAACGACAUCAAUUUCUGCCAUAAAACCUUUUUUUUUUUUCUAAAAGCAAUAGUGGAUUGUCAACAGAGGUGGGAUAAGUUGACUGUAAAUUGAUGGUCCUGGAAUUAAUCAAGGAAGCUGCGCCUACAGUAUGUGAAGAAGAAGCAGAUGACGAAGAGAAAAUAACCAUUCGUGUAUUUUGAGUAGAGACGCAUUCCUACUGCUCCAAGAAAAGAAAAACAACAACUUUGGUGAUUUGACUUGGUUUUAGCUGGAAACAUGCACACUGAACAAAGAAACUUGACAUGGACACUGAUGCCACUGUUUCUGGCUGGUAUUCUCUGUAGUACAUUGAAAGUGGAAUACCAACAGCAACAUAUCUGUGCAGUGAAAGGCUCGUCUGUCGUCGUUCCUUGUUCAUUUCACCUCUCUGACAACUUGACUGUGAAGAGGGUCAUGUGGGGUCAUGUAAAGUCUCAUCACUUCAAGGGUCAUUUCAUAUCUGGCAGCAAUUUGAGAAGAGUCGCCUCUCGAUUUCAGUACGUUGGUGACAAACAGCGCAAUUGUUCAUUAAAAAUAAACCAAGUGGAUUGUGAUGAUGCAGGAAAAUAUGCUGUCCGAUUUAUUAUAAAUAAGAGAAAAAGUCUCUGGCCUCAUAACGUUAGCCCAACAUUAAAGGUUGUUGAUUUGUACAUUUUGGUGACAAAAUCCAAUGAGAAUGGAACAAUAAAGGAGGGCAACUCCAUGAAUCUGACCUGCAUGAACGGCUGUGAUGGCGACCAUCUCUACUCUGCUUUCACCUGGUCAAAGAACGGAAAACCUAUAAACCAAGGACCUGUGCUUCAUUUAAGCAACAUGUCCUCCACAAACUCUGGAAACUACACUUGUUCUCUAAACACACACACGGGAACUACUUCGGCAGCCAUAAAUAUUGAUGUUGAAUAUGGCCCUAAGAACACAUCAGUGUCUGUCACACCAUCGAUGGAGGUGGAUGUCGGCAGCAGCGUCACCCUGAUCUGCAGCAGCCAUGCAAACCCUCCAGUGGAGAAUUAUACUUGGUUUAAAAUAGAUGGUAAUGACAUUGUGGAUGUGGGACACCAGCCUGUGUUGUUCUCUGAUGAUGGAGGCCAGUAUUUAUGCAGCGCCAGCAACAAACACGGAAGUCAAAACUCCUCUGUUGUGACUGUGAAGAUUAAACCAUACUGGGCAACAUUUACCAGAGACGUACUUGUCAUUUCUACUAGUGCUGUGCUUCUGAUUGUCACCGCCAUUGUUGUCAUCAGUAGACUCAACAUGAAGCGUGUGUGGACACCAAAGGUUGACUGUGGGGAGGACAUACUGACUGUGGUACUCCUGGCAGUUUCGCUCUUCACUUCUCCACCUUCCACUAAUACAGACAAUUGGCUCAUGUGUCAGAACAACCAGUCACAAGAUGAAAAUCAGUGUGAGGGGAGAACAACAGAACUUGUCUAUAUAACCGUCGACUUCAACUGCAAAAGAACGUCAAACAUGGAGCAGGAGAUGCACUCAGAUGAUGGUGAGGACGUGAUUUACAGCACAGUGUGCGGGAAGUGACCUUCAAACCCUUCAUAUGUGGAGCCUCCCUCAUUUGACAACAAACGCAUGCUGUUUUUCGGUAACAGGUGAACAAGCAUAAUGUUUUCAGUGUUUUUGUUUUUAUUUCCUUAGGUUUUGCAGAUUUAUGGGAUGUGCUUCACAUGCAUUGCAGUAAAAAUAAAUGUUGUAAUCCAGACAAGAAGAAAAAACUUGUUAUAAUUAUAACACAAAUGAAAAGACACCACCAAGAGUCAUAAAGGUGAUGCACAACUUGGCAUCAAAACACAAUGUAACAGGAAAUGUAGCUGAACAUGCUGGCCAGGGAACAAAUGUUUUGUUUAUUGUUUUCCCACCGUUGCAAUGAUUCUGUUGGCUGUGUGUAUGUAUGAGAAUUCAUAAGUUUUCUACAGUGUACACUUCACUGGAACAACUGUGAAUUUGAGACCCGACUGGUGCAUGUUCACAGGAUGAUCUUUCUUGUCUGUGCAUCCCUCUGUGUUACAGGAGGGUGGAAUCUGCUAGUAUCUAAAACUGGUGUUGAAUGACCCUCCAUAUAUCAAGGAUUCAUCAGAAGGAAAAACCUUGAAAAAGAUUUGUUUUUGUAUUUCUUGCAUCAUACCUCUGGGUCAAAUGUGUGUGAAUGUACAUGCACUCACUAGCUGCUUUCUGGUGCUCAGUGUUUUCAAAUCAUACGCACUCCUGUUUAAUUCUUGUGAAAGUUCUUUGGCUUUUUGUUGUCUUUGCAGUUCCCAACUGUAAACUUAUACUGUACAACUGUAACACGUUCAGUUAAUUAAAACCAACUGUUAAAUAUG